AUGUCUCCUUCGAAGACGUCUCCAACGGAACCAACGUGGAAGAGUUCAGUAAGUUGCUCAUAGAAAUGUUAUGGGGCUAUUCAACGUAUGUUUGUUUCCCGUUUUUUUCGUUUUUUUUUACAUCGCUGAAUUGGAUUUUUUGAUGAAGACAAACGAAAACACGGAAAACAAUCAUUUUUUCACAGCCUGAAUAACCCCAUUACGGAUUAAGUGGUUCUAUUAUAUCGAUUUGCAGCUUGGAAAAGCGCUAGCACCAGGAUCAGAGUGGCCGGACAAAGACGAGCUGUUGGAUGUCGUCUACUGGGGAAAGCAAGUAAGUGUUUUUGUAGAAAUUUGAAAAAAAAUUGAAUUAAUCUCGAGUGUUUUCAAGUUCCCUAAACACAAGUCCAGGGAUGUUUUUUCUUUGUGUAAAAGUACUUGUCGCCUUUAAUUCUAGAACGAUAAAUAUUAAAUUUGAAUCACCAGGUCUUGUCCUAACAAAAACGUCAUUUUAAAACGUAAAACAAGAUAUCAAGAAAUUUCGUGAAUUACACGGGACUGUAUCUUAAGAAGAUUCCUCACCGGUAGUCCCGGUACAAGUGAAGUUCCAGACACUCGGGUUUUCGGGAAAUUCUGAAUAGUGCAAAACGAUCUAAAAAUGUUGCAGGUACUCUCUCUGUUCGUCGGCCUCAUCUUCGGUUUCACCCCCAUGACCGGAAUUCUCGGCAUCAUCUCCUACGUCGUAAUUUCGUCGGUCGUCGCGCAACACUACGUAACCAAGUUCCAAAAGGUCGACGAAGAUGACGUCGGCGGCUUCUGGGAGCUCUCGAAGGAAGGAUUCGGCGCCGCGUUUGCCACCUACAUGGUGACUUGGAUCACUGUAUACACGCACACAACACAAGCAUAGAAAACAGAUUAAAGUUAUUGGUACCACAGAGUUCUGAAUAUUACUCUCUUUCGCAAUCUCGCGUGAAACUCCGACCGCGACUAGUAGCUUUUUAGAUUUAUCAAUUUACGUGGAAACUCCGAGACCGGUAGAGCGUGAUUUCCAGUCAAACUUCUGUGGCAGCAGUAUUAAUAUUACAUAUUUAUUUGACCUUCUCUUCAUAACCUUCUUUUUUUUUAAUCGUCGUUCUUUCCUAGUUCUCUUGUUUUUCUGUGAUUUCCUAUCAUGUCAAACAUUUUCUUAAUUUCAUAUGAAUAUCGAAUUUUCGUUUUUCUUACAAAGGCGUGAGAUUUUGACACAAAAUGUAUGCGACCAGAACUGUAUACUUUCUUUCUUCAAAUCGCCAUACACAGUUUCUUUUCAGAUGCGAUUACUCUAUUUUCUAUCUUUUCUUCUAGUACCUGCAGAAUCCGGUAGGGAUUUGACCGUUAUUCUAGUGGGCUCACGAUAUAAGCUCACCGAGCAACGUGUCAGUGAGCGAAGAAUCAAAAUUUUGAAAGAAUGUGAAGCAGAAAAGGUUAGAAGUUCCAAAUCGUUUGACGGGUACUUGAUCCACCUCCUUCAGCUCUCCUGCUCUGUUUUUGAUGCUCUCAACGGGUUCAGCUCCACAGAUGAACCGUUACAAGGAAUGUGGACAUUGACUCCUGUCAUUCUGAAGCUUCCGAAUGUGUCCGACUGGACAAUAGUUUCUGAAGACACUUCUGAAAUCGGCGUAAAAUACUUGAAGCGCUACUCGAACUCGGAUAAGUCAAUUUUCAGUGGCUUCGGUUUGAAAGAUAAAGAGUAAACAAUUUUGUGUCAAUUCACAAAGUCUACAAGUUGCCUUCAGAGCAACAAUCAUACACCACUUUGGUAUGAACACACCCGAUAACUUUCAAUACCCUCUUCUCUCCGCUGGCUUCAUUUUGUCUAGAGUAGCGAUAGAAAGGAUUCGAAAAGCACGAGAAGACGACCGAUGGAAUGGAUUUGCAAUUGACGCGAGCUACGAGGCAAGUGCAACGCCGUUCAUAAUGUCAUUUUCCCCCUUUCCUUUCCAGUUCGCUCUUCUUCUUUACAAACGGCUGAGUCUUCGUUUGACGCACGACCCCAGUGUUUUCUGCUGUGGAAACCACUCUGUCUCGGACGGAUGUCUAGUCAGAUGCUCCGUCCCUCAGCCAACUAGCGCUACUCUCAGAGAUACAGAUAUCCAAGUGAUGAUCAAAACAUACACGGGCUAUCAUCAAAGCCGACUACCAGUGCUCAGGGACACGUGGACAGCUCGCAUUCCGAGAGUAGAGUACUGUAGUGACAAAAGAGAUGAGCAGAUUCCAACGAUAGACCUUGGAGUUGCUAACACCGACAGAGGGCAUUGCGGCAAGACAUGGGCAAUUUUCAAACGGUUCUUGGAAAAACCAGGAGACGGAACCAAGUGGUUGCUUAUCGCUGAUGAUGACACUUUGAUGAGUUGGAAAAGAUUGAAGAACGUGUUGGAAGCUUUUGAUCCAAAAGAUUCGAUUAUAAUUGGUGAGCGAUACGGCUUCGGGUUAAGUGUGAACGGCCAAACUGGCUACGACUAUCCAACUGGAGGAUCUGGGUAGUGAUAAAGAAACCUUGAGGCUUCUAACAAAUUAUCUGUUUUCAGAAUGAUAUUCUCCCGAUCAGCAGUGCGUUAUCUGCUGGAGACAUGCCCCGCUUGUGCAGCGGACAACGAUCCGGAUGAUAUGACAAUUGGAAUAUGUGCUAUCCAGUCGGGAAUUCCGAUAGUUCAUGAGCCGGGGCUACAUCAGGCACGACCUCAAGAUUACGCUCGAGAAUGCCUGCAGUAUCCCAUUUCCUUCCAUAAGUUCACCGACAUCGAUCCAAGGCAUGUUUAUCGAACAUAUUUAGCUGACGAUGAAGAAAGUGAGAUCGAUAUAAGGUCAGAGCUUUAG